CCCCAAUUGAGAUAUAGAGUAAGAUUAGAAAGAAAAAAAAUGGAGGCUUUUUCUUCAAAGAUGCUUCUAAUAAUUUUUGCCUUUAGUUUCAUUACACACUUUAUCCAAGCAAUUGAAAGACCAUACCAACAAGCAAACACAUUAUUCAUUAAAAAUUCUUGCAGCUCUACAACUUAUCCAAGACUAUGCUACACCUCCCUAGUGAAGCACGCUGAUUCCAUUCAAACGAAUCACGUGCUUUUAACAUGUACGGCCCUAAACGUGACUCUUGCGUCCGCGAAAUCAACAUCGGCUAUGAUAUCAACUCUCUCAAAAAGCCAGGGGCUGAAGCCAAGAGAGGCUGCAGCUAUGAAGGAUUGCGUCGAAGAGCUGAGUGACUCCGUGGAUGAACUACGAAGGUCUAUCGGUGAAAUGAGUCGCCUUAGGACUUCAAAUUUCGAGUUAACAAUGAGUGAUGUACAAACUUGGGUCAGUGCCGCUUUGACGGAUGAGAGUACUUGUACCGACGGAUUCCAAGAGGUUAAUGCUCCGGGUAAUGUUCAGACAACAGUGAGAGGGAAAAUUGUGCAAGUAGCUCAAUUGACUAGCAAUGCUUUGGCUUUGAUAAAUAAACUUGCCACUUCACAUGAAUGAACUAGAUCAAUUAAGGUAUUGUUUUGGUAGAUUCAUAUUUCCAGCAUUAUUAAUGUAAUUGGUGUUGCAUUCUCAAGUUAUGUAGCAUCAAGUUGGCGUGGUUAAACCUAAGUGUGUAAAAGAUUGUAAAUGUGUGGUAAUUAGUUGUUUAGAUUUAUGCCAAUAUAAGUGAGUGAAUUUGGCAUGUGUAUUGUAAAUUUGUACACAAAUUAGUGGUUGAGAUUUAUACGAAUAUUCAAAACUCUUGCUCAUCAA